AUGAGUCAAGGCAUUAUUCAGAAUUAUGAAUACAUCGCUUCUCACAUCAGUGAUUACAUUAAAGAAGGUAAUUUCUUUGAUGUAUUUGAAAGUGAAGACAUCAAAAAGAUCAUGAAGAUUUCAAAUUUAACAGCAAACGACUUCAUUACUCUUCUCAAGCAGUCCAGUCAUACUAUCAAAGGAUAUAAAUUAUAUGCAUGUGUUUGA